CGGCGUUAAACGGGGGAGGGGAGGGCGUGGACGGCGGAACGGAGCGGGCGGGGCGUAUAAAUCCCGGCAAAAUUCCCCCGACGCGAGGCCUCAGAUCGCUCCCUGCCUCCGGUCACCGGUCGCCUCUCCUCCCUUCCGCUCCCCUCCCCCUGCCUAAUCUCUCCUCCGGCCACCGCGACACCGUUGGUUCGCUCGCUAGCUCCCUCGCCGCGCCAAGAGACAAGCCUGCGGAGACCAUGGCGGACCAGCUCACCGACGACCAGAUCGCCGAGUUCAAGGAGGCCUUCAGCCUCUUCGACAAGGACGGCGAUGGUUGCAUCACAACCAAGGAGCUUGGAACUGUCAUGCGUUCACUGGGUCAAAACCCAACCGAGGCUGAGCUUCAGGACAUGAUCAAUGAGGUCGAUGCCGAUGGCAAUGGCACCAUUGACUUUCCUGAGUUCCUCAACCUCAUGGCCCGCAAGAUGAAGGACACCGACUCCGAGGAGGAGCUCAAGGAGGCGUUCAGGGUGUUCGACAAGGACCAGAACGGCUUCAUCUCUGCAGCGGAGCUCCGCCAUGUGAUGACCAACCUUGGCGAGAAGCUGACCGACGAGGAGGUCGAUGAGAUGAUCCGCGAGGCUGACGUCGAUGGCGAUGGCCAGAUCAACUACGAGGAGUUCGUGAAGGUGAUGAUGGCCAAGUGAGUGCGUCCGCGGUAAUGGUAUACUACCCUACUGGAAGGAGGAAACCGUUCAUUGCAUAUUAGUAAGGCAAUGCAGCUCUUGUUUCCUUCGUCUUCCCAUGAAGAAACCGUACUAGCUGUAGCUGCUAAAACAUUUGAGUCCCUCUGCUGCCACCCUUAUCUUCCAUUGUGUCAUUGAACCUCCUUGCUCCCCCUGUGUGAAUCUGUACGGCUUUGCGUGUUCUGGACACUGAUUGCAGUUGAAUCCAGUUUGUAGUUCUAUUUGUUCAUCGAAUCUGCCCGACUUCUUUGGUACUAUUCAACAGGCUGCUGCUUUCCGUUUA